AAAAUAUUAACAUGAAAGCAACCCCUGUCCAAGCCAAGACAAACCAAAAAUCAUAUUCAAAAGUGAUCCUGAAAUCUCAAUCUCUUCGAACAUUCAAGCUAAACAAGGCCAAGAGGAGGUCUAAAUCAAAGCGUGGACCAAGAAGUCUUCCAAGGAAAGCUGAGAAUGGGAUUCUUCCCAUGCUCCACGACCCAUUGAAAAAGACUCUAGUACUUGACCUGGAUGAGACCCUCAUCCAUGCUGAUGAGACCAAGAGUUUCAACUACCAAAAGGUCGUCUACGAGCAAGAUAGCGCAACAAGGACGAAGCAUUACAUGAGCACACGGCCUGGCUUAGAAGAGUUUCUAACAAGAAUGGCCAAGUUUUAUGAAAUAGUGAUCUUCACAGCUUCGAUUAAAAGCUAUGCAAAGGCCAUGAUCAACACCUUUGAUGCGGAUAACCUCAUCAGCCAUGUACUGACUCGGAAAGACUGUACUUGAAAAUAAAGGAGUGUAUUAUAAAGACAUCAGCAAGCUAGGAAGGCCCUUAAAAUAAUGUCAUAAUCGUUGACAACUACCCUUUGCUCUACAGCAAGCAUCGGGAAAAUGGUUUACCUAUAAAAACAUGGUUGGGUAAUGAUAAAUCUGAUGAAGAACUGAACAAACUAUCUCGAAUUCUCCAAAAGUUGUCCUCAAAAACAGACGUUCGAGAUUAUAUCAAGGAAUUAACCACUUGUUCGAAAAAGCAUGUUAGUGAUUACUCCCCCAAAGGCGAAUGAAUUAACUACAUAAAAGCUGAAUUCUUACUAUUUCCAACUACUAGGAAAUAAGCAAGCGAAGGUGAUUCCUCGGAGAAAAAUCACAAGGAGGUCAACAAGUAUCUCAACCCAGUUGAAAAAUUCAAAAUCUCAGAUAAGAAUGUGCAUGUCGACCAAAAUAUUCCCUGCCAAAGCAGGUUUGAUCCAGAAUUCUCCCCAAGUUGUAAAGACGGUGCUCAAGGAUCCGGUCAAGCAGAAAUUUUUAGCCAAGAUUUCGCAAGAGGCUUCCAAGUUACAGAGGGAAAGAUAUGCCAGAAUCAGAAGGAAGAACCCUAAAAUAUAUUUCUAGAAUAUUUAGACGCCCA